CAUGUGCUUCCUCCUUCUCAUUUAUCUCCUCUUAUCGGCUAACGUUGCGAAUGUUUUCACGGAGGACGCCGACUGUCAGGUUUACAACCACCUGUAUGUCUGUUUGGAGAACAGCAGUUUUCUUCACAGCGUCGCUUUCGAGGACGUCAACGCUGUUCAGACGAUUGAGGAUAUCGAGUUACAUCUGGAGAAUCUCGGGAUCGUUAACAUCGCCAGGAACGCCUUCAUCGAGGUUAGCAACUCGUCCGCUCUCUAUGUCCGCGAUAAUCGGCUAUCGAGUAUCGACCGGCAUUACUUCGACGCUCUCGAUCAGCUCACCUAUUUGGAUUUGAAAAACAAUACGAUCACCAACGUAGAAGAUGGUGCUUUCGUAAGUUUGUAUAAUCUGGAGACUCUGCUGCUGGAUUACAACAACAUCUCGGACUUGCGACCUGGCGUGUGGAAGGGUCUCUCGGAGUUGCACGAGCUCUACAUCACCAACAACCGGCUCGCAUUGAGGAGGAACAUGUUCAAGGGACUCAGACAGCUCGAAACGCUAGUCCUGGACUCGAAUGACAUACCGGAGAUACCGAUCGGCGCGUUCAAUGGGCUAUCCCAUAUAGAUCUUCUCUAUCUGUCGCGCAACAAGAUCUCGACCUUGCACCCCGACGUGUUCCGUGGUCUCAGCGAAAUAAACGAGCUUGACUUAGGUAGGAAUCGACUGAGAACAAUUCCCGCCAAUAUCUUUCGGCACAUGAAGUCAUUGAACUCGCUCUGGCUGAACGGCAAUCAGUUGACAGUGCUGAAGUCCGAUACCUUCCAGGGUCUAGAUAAUUUACUGUUUCUUUUCUUGAACAACAACGACCUCCGUUAUGUGGACAUGGCAGCAUUCGCGCGAAUGAGAAACGUAACUGUGGAUCCCGGCUUCAAAGUACGCGGCUCGUUAGUGGACGAUUUUGGAAAAGUUCACGGUCAAUAUCAGUGCAAUAGCGUGGCGUAUCAGAUACAGUACGAUUGUACAGAGAUUGAUUCAUAGAUUCCAGGAAUCAGCUAGAGCUCAAAUUUUUAAAGGUUACGGUCAAGACAAUCCUCCUCAUCCUUGUUAUUGGAGAACUUCUAUGAAUUAUGGC